AUGCUGCUCACCGUGUUCUGCCUGCGCCGGGACCGCUCCGAGCUCACCUUCUCCCUGCAGGUGGACGCCGACUUCGAGCUGCAGAACUUCCGGGCGCUCUGCGAGCUGGAGUCCGGCAUCCCCGCGGCCGAGAGCCAGAUUGUCUAUGCAGAGAGGCCUCUAACUGACAACCACAGAUCAUUGGCCUCAUAUGGCUUGAAAGAUGGGGAUGUGGUGAUUUUACAGCAAAAGGAGAAUGCAGAGCCACGGCCCCCAGUCCAGUUUCCAGGUCUGCCCAGGAUAGACUUCAGCAGCAUUACAGUGCCUGGGACGUCAGCUCAGCUGCAGCAGCAGCAACCAGCGCAGCAUCCUCGCCCAUCGCCUCCGGAGACACCUUCAUCCCCUCAGGGCUUGGACAAUCCAGCACUGUUACGGGACAUGUUGCUUGCCAAUCCCCACGAGCUGUCCCUGCUGAAAGAACGCAAUCCACCCCUGGCCGAGGCGCUGCUCAGUGGAGACCUUGAGAAAUUUACCAGGGUGCUGGUGGAGCAGCAACAGGACCGAGCCCGCCGGGAGCAGGAGAGAAUCCGUCUGUUUUCAGCUGACCCUUUUGAUCUUGAGGCUCAGGCAAAGAUAGAAGAGGACAUAAGGCAACAAAAUAUUGAAGAGAACAUGACAAUAGCUAUGGAAGAGGCCCCAGAGAGCUUUGGCCAGGUGGUGAUGCUCUAUAUUAACUGCAAAGUCAAUGGACAUCCAGUGAAAGCCUUUGUUGAUUCAGGUGCCCAAAUGACCAUUAUGAGCCAAGCUUGUGCUGAAAGGUGUAACAUCAUGCGACUGGUGGACCGGCGCUGGGCAGGCAUUGCGAAGGGUGUGGGCACACAGAAAAUCAUUGGCAGAGUGCACCUAGCUCAGGUUCAGAUUGAAGGGGAUUUUCUGCCGUGUUCUUUCUCUAUCCUCGAAGAACAGCCCAUGGAUAUGCUUCUAGGCCUGGAUAUGCUUAAGAGACAUCAGUGUUCCAUUGAUCUCAAAAAGAAUGUACUAGUGAUUGGUACCACGGGAUCUCAGACAACUUUCCUUCCAGAAGGGGAGCUCCCAGAGUGUGCAAGACUGGCAUAUGGGCCAGGGCGGGAGGACAUGCGGCCGGAGGAGAUUGCAGACCAAGAACUGGCAGAAGCUCUACAGAAAUCUGUAGAGGAAGCAGAACAUCAGAAGCCUUGAUGCAUGUAGUGUGUGUGUACUGCAGCUGGAGUGGGCCACAGACCAG